CAAGUGCUAGAGCGCAUAUACAGCAGCCCAUGGCCAUGCAAACAAUCAUCAGUAGUGCUCCGGCUACUAGGAAUGCUGAGUCUGACAUCGUCGUCGAUGACAUGCGCCCGUUCCUGCGCACCUACAAAUGCGGCCGCGUCGAGCGGCUCGCGCCCGACACCUUCGUGCCGGCCUCCGAGGACCCGGGGGCGACCGGCGUGGCAACCAGAGACGUCGUCAUCGACCCCACUGCGGGCGUGUCGGUGCGCCUCUUCCUCUGUGUCGGCGCGGUCGCGACAGGCAAGAGGCUCCCGCUGGUCGUCUACUUCCAUGGCGGCGCCUUCUGCACUGGGAGCGCCUUCUCCGAGCUGUUCCACCGCUACGCCGCCUCCCUCUCGGUGCGCGCGGGAGCGCUCGUCGUCUCCGUGGAGUACCGACUGGCGCCGGAGCACCCCAUCCCCGCGGCCUACAAGGACGCGUGGGUAGCGCUCCGGUGGGCGGCCUCCCGCUCCGACCCUUGGCUCGCGCUCCAUGCCGACCCCACGCGCAUGUUCCUCGCCGGCGAGAGCGCCGGCGCGAACAUCGCGCACAGCAUGGCGGCGCGUGUCGCCGCCGACGGUGAGGACAUCCGCAUCGACGGCAUGGUCCUCCUGCAGCCCUUCUUCUGGGGCACCGAGCGGCUGCCGGCCGAAACGGACCGCCACGACGGGCCGGUGUUCUCGCCGGAGUUCGUGGACACCCUUUGGCCGUUCCUGACGGCCGGCGCUGCUGGCAACGACGAUCCUCGCAUCAGCCCGACGGCCGAGCAGAUCGCGUCGCUACCGUGCCGGCGCGUGCUGGUCGGCGUCGCCGCGAAGGACGUGGUGCGGGACCGCGGGUGCCGGUACGCGGCAUGGCUGCGCCGCGAGGUGACGCUCUUGGAGUUCAAGGGCAACGACCACGGGUUCCACCUCUACCGGCCGGGUUGUGCCAGCGCCGUGGCGCUCAUGGACCGCGUCGCCGAGUUCAUCAGCGGGUGGGCGGCGUCGGUGAUCGCCGACGCCGAAACGGAGCGUUUGCUUGCGCGGAAGGGCACGAACAAGACGGGCAGGACCGCAUUUGCUGAUGGGCCAGAUAACAAAGUCAGAGACAACCCAGGGCUGAUGGGUAAGAGUCGCCUGUAGCGCUCAUGGCCAUCGCAUUCUAAACCUUUAGCGCUUGUGUCAUGCUGGUUACGAAUUGUUAAACUGCAUGUACUAUCCUAUAUGAAUUCGAUGUACAAUUAUUGUGAAAUAAAAUUAGAAAUUUAUUAA